AUGCAGCAAAAACAAAGUACGGAUACUUUGAUCAACGCGACGAAAAGGACAAGGACAAAGAAAAAGGCGCGCAAACGGCCAGCCAAUCUUUUGGCGAUUUGGACAAUCGACGGCGCCGUCGAUUACGACGUCCUCCAACCCCAAAAUUGUCUCCACAAGUCUUGCGUCUGGAGAGCCGCCUGUGGGGCAGCACGAGUCGUUUUGCUCCAACUAGAUGUCCUCCCUCUUCCUUCGAAUGCAGUGGCCACCCCAUCAACACCUCCUGAACACGCCCUUCGCGCCAUCGCGCCCUGGGCCCAAGCAUCCUUCCUGAACCCACUCCUGUGCUUGUAUCUGCACCUGCAUUGGGAGGAUGCGGCAUGCGAGCAGAAGGACGGCAAAAAAGAAAAUGAGGUAUGA